AUGCUUAAAUGCAGUAAAAUUGACGCCGAAGACAUUGGCUCAGAUCUUCAGAACGACAGCAGUACAGAUAUAGUGGAUUCAUUAGAUACUGCUCCAGAUGAGUCAGAAAUCGAGAUGAUUCAAGUGAAUAAUGGUGUUCGGCGUGCUCCGGCCACGUCAGAAUUUAUGGAUGUCGGUGUAACAGAUGAGUCAGAAAUCAUGGAUAAAGGUAAUUCGGAUAAGUCAGAGAUAACGGCUAUGGAAAACAUACAUAAUAGUGCUGACAAUGGUGCUCGUGCUCCGGAUACGACAGAAAUUGUAGAAAAUGGUGCUAACUCUGAAAUUGUGCAUAGUGCUGAUCGGGAUAUGUCCAUUUCAGUUGUCAUAGAUAACAGUGAUCUGGAAAAGUCACUUAAGUCAGUUAUCAUGGAUAAUGGUGCCCCAGAUAAGACAGAUAUCGUAGAUGGUGCGCACAAUUCUUCCUUGGAUACAAAUGUAUAUAGUGGUACUUGCCAAAAGUCCAGUGAUAUAGACGAGGGUCCUCAGCAACCUAUCUUGAGCGCUACGACCCAAAAAAAUUCGGCAGUGAAUCUUUUUCUAGAGAUUUCAAUCCAGCCUCGUACAAACGUUAUCCAUGGCUGAGCUACAACUGUCAAACAAAGACAGCGUGCUGCUACCCAUGCCAGAAAUACUUAAAUGCCCACAAUUUCACGUUUGACAAUUGGAAGAAGAUAGAGCGUCUCACUAAACACCACAAGAGUGAGAACCAUCAAACGGCCAUGGCGAAAUGGAUUGAUAGCAGAGCAAAUAAAAAGAAAAAUACUUCAAUACUGAGCAAACUCCAGGAAUCACACAAACAAUAUGUGAAGGAAAAUCGCGACUACUUGAAAGUUAUCAUUGAAUGUCUCAUGUUCACGGCCCAACAGAACAUCGCCCAACGGGGCCACGAUGAACAACGUGAUAGUAAGUGUUUAUAG